AAGACAGGGUUGUUUCUCUUUUAUUGUUAAUUGACCAUUCUUUAAAUGGUCAAUUAACAAUAAAAAUAAAGGGGUGUAUUCUGAUUGGGCACUUGUGGAGAUCGACUUACUUCCCCGCCUCAAACUGGAAUUAGAGAAGUCAUUUCAAAAGAACUUUGGAUAAAUCUCAACUCCGCGUUAGUCUUGAGAAGAGACAGUUGCCUAUUACUGAAUGCACUGCGAUCAAGUUAUCUGAAAAAAGGACCAAGUAAGUUAUCAUUGAACGAUGAUUCGAUUGGUCGCGUCACUCAUAUGCACGUUCGAUGGGACAUUUCGUUACUUACCUGACGAUUUCAUGCGCGGAAAUAGACUAACAUACCGCAAAGAAGACCCAAGGAGUCGGAAAUUGUGCAUUGAUUCUCCAGUUGUUUUGGUUUUUAUCAUUUUUGCAAUUAUCCUUGUGGGUCGCACUUGGAAGUCUGACAGAUUUUUGAUAGGACGUUUCGUGGAUGUUACACAAACACAACGGCGUGAGGCUUCAUAUGGCUGGUUAGACCAGCGAGCAACUCAGAUCAUCCUCUUCCAAAGGAUCAAGAGCGGUGGCUUUCCAAUUUCAUAUUAGUUAUUAACAGAGAUUUAGUCAACCAUGGAAUCAACUAUACCAAUCAUCGACUUAAGCGCUAUGUGUUUGGGUAAAACAACUGAACAUUCUUCCUCAUCAGAAAUCAGCCAACUUGCAGAUGAAAUAUACCAGGCUUUCUGUACGGUUGGAUUCGUUUACAUUAAAAACCACGGUAUUCCACAAGAAAAGAUUGACACAAUUUUUAAGUUAUGCGACGAGUUUUUCCAACUGGAUUAUGCUGUGAAGCAGAAAUAUGCGAGACCAGCCAGUGGUAGUGGUCAUGGAUGGGUGGCAUUUGAGAGAGAAAAAGUUAGUCUAGACAGACCUGCUGAUCACAAGGAAGCCUUUAACAUAACAGAGCCUCAAACUCACCAGCGUCCAUGGCCUGAUAAAGAAGUACCAAAUUUCCAAAGCGAGAUUGCUUCCUUCUUCGAUAUCUGUGGUGACCUGUCUUUAAAAAUCCUUCACAUCAUGGCACUUGGACUGCAGCUUGAGAAUCCAGGUGUUUUUACAAACACUCACAAGGUAAUGGCCAGUACAAAGAACUGUACCACCUUACGACUGUUACACUACCCAUGCAUUCCUCAAGACAAGUUAAUUAAACCAGGACAAAUUCGCUGUGGAGAACAUACUGAUUAUGGUUCAAUCACUCUCCUCUUUCAAGAUAACAUGCCUGGACUGGAGGUCUUACCUAUUGGAUGCACAGAGUAUGUACCUGCCCCUCCUCUGCCAGGAACAAUUGUGGUCAAUGUGGCAGACCUCAUGCAGAGGUGGACUGCUGACCAGCUGAAGUCAACGCGCCAUCGAGUUUCCAUUCCUUCAGAAGAGUGUCACCGGCGUGUUCCCAGACGUUCUUUAGCCUUUUUUGUCCAUCCCGAUGACGACACGGUGAUCACAUGUCUUGAUGGAUCUCAGAAGUACUCUCCAAUAACGGCCUAUGAUUACCUUUGGCAACGGGUCAAAGCAACCUACGAAUACUGAAACAGUUCACAAGAUUUUGGAUGCAAGGAACUGAUUGAAGUUGUGCUGGUCAUUUUAGUCAGUUCGAUUUAGAAAAGACAGAAGCAUACAAUUGAGAAAGGACAAGUGAUAAUAGUUUUUACAUUAAAAUUUUUAGCAGUAGCGCUCUUAUCACUGUGAAUCUGACGAUUUUGAAGACCACAGUUUGUUGGGCUGAGUCUUGUUAAGCCAGGCAUAAAAGGUUUGCUCGCUGAAUUCUGGAUUGAAAUUUCCGGGCUCGAGUCAGGAUCAUUUCCGUAGUCUAGUAGUGACGUGCAAUCGGUUAAACUCCCUUUUAAGGGGAGAAUAAUAUCAAAACUCACGCUACAAAAUCCAAGAUUAGCUCCGGAUACGAUUGCGCGAGGAGGAUGAAAAGGUGCCAAAGGCACGAAUAGUUUGUGAUGAUUAAAACAGGAUUUACUGAUAGUUAGGCUUACAAUCGGCCAUCAACCAUAGAAGUCAGAUAGAGUGGCUAAUGCUAGAAGACACAGUUAACGCCCUUGGUCAAACGGGUUCAAUAUUUCAUAAAACGGUGCAAAAUCUUGAGACUUGUCCUUCAUUUUCCUUUGCGAAACCGAAUGACGAAUUUGGGUACUUUUCGUAGCAUUUUUUACACCCGGUGUAACGGGGUAUGCGCAGCACUUACCGUUAGACUGAGGUGCUUUUUAACACUUGUCUAACUUCUUCGUAUUGCAUUCCGUCUUACAAUAACUAGAAGUGUCUUCUGAUGAGUGUCUGAGCACCAAGGAAACGCUCAAUCAGUACAAAAACAACUAUUACACUGAGAUCCUGGUGAUAACUAAGGAUAAUUGCAUACAAAAUACAUAGUGCUUCAAGUGCGGGAGAUACGAGAGAUCAAUUUGCCAUAUAGUUGAUUUUAAUCUUGUCCUAAUGUUGGUCAAAGAGCAAAAGUAGUCUCACACUGUAGGCAAAUGGGUAAGUUGAGGUUAUACCUCCGACCUUGGAAACCCCUAAAUAUCACUCCAUCACUCCGAUCCAUCUCAGCUGGUGAAGAAAUCAAGUGACCUAAGCAUGGGCUAUUGUAUCGAUCUUGAACGAAAUAAACUGAACGAUCCUGCGAGCUUUUCCUACUU